UCAGCUGUGAUUGGCUGACGGGACAGAGCAGAAGAUGCGUGCUCACCUGGCCGUGCUGCUGCUGCUGCUGGCGGGCUCAGGUGUGUCGGGCCUGCGGGACUCUGCGGGGGAGCGCGGAGCGGCGGAGCUGCGGCGCGUGCGGAGCCUCGCCGCGCAGCCCGCAUUCGGCUCGUGCUGGUCUCGAGCCCUGCAGCAGCUGGACACGCGCUGCCGGGAGCUGACGUCAGAGAGCCAGAGCCGCAUCGCGCUGCGGUUCACCGAGUGCCACCUGCACAGCUCGGGCCGGGACUUCCCAUCAUGCCCUGAGGGGUCAGAGGUCAGCCGCUGUACGGCCAACAUGGACGCUGUGGCGUUUAACGCCUACACCGAGUUCUUCACACAUACACACUCCAUGUGUCACUUCCUGCAGUCUGAGGCCUGGCAGCAGCAAGCGGAGAGCACCAUGUACAGGCUCACGGAGAGCUCGGCGGGCGUGGCUGAGCAGCUGCAGUCGACCCAGCAGGUGGCGGAGGAGCUGAUGGAGGCCCAGAGCGCCGCCCUGCAGGCGCAGAGGGAGAUCCUGCACAACGGAGAGGAGCUCAGACACACACUGAGGGAGUCCACACAGGGUCUGAGGUCAGUGUUCUCGGAGCUCAGCAGUGCCUCCAGGGACCAGCAGGUGGCGCUGUCCGAGCUCUUCAGCAGAGUUUCCUUCCUGCAGAGUUUCCUGCUGCUGGAGGCUCACAGCCUGAGCUCCUGGCUGUACAACGCCGCCGCGCUGUGCGCCGCCUUCCUGCUGACCGCCACCCAGCGCUCCUCCCGGGCCAGGUUGCCGUUGUUCACCCUGGUGUGUGUGAAUAUUUACCUGGAGAGGAUCAUCUACCAGUUUGUGCUGAACUCGGACAGCCCCGAGCACCUGCACAUGGAGCUGGUCAGUGUGUAUGUGUGUGUGCUGCGGCGGGUCAUGGUGUGUGUUGCGGUGUGUGUUCUGGUGUGUGUGUGUGUUCGGUACAGGGACCCGGUGCAGCAGAGUCUGGAGCUUCUGCUGCAGCUGCGAGAGACACAGCGCCGCCUGCAGGCCGCCCUGCAGCGCGCAGAGGAUCUGGGGGACCGGUGGAGGAGUGAAGGAGCUGCUGUGAGGAAGCAGGACAAACAGAGACCAGAAAGCAGCUCAGACCUGUCUCACCUCUCAGACCUGUCUCACCUCCCACAGAGAGCUCACAGUUUUCUCAGCAGUACUGUCAUCAGCUCAGCGGCUGAACCCACUCUGCUCUGCUCAAACUCCCACAAUGCCCCUCUGCCCAGCCACACUACCCAGAAUGCCAUGCUGCGGCUUCCUGCUACCCAUAAUGCUGCUGUGAGUCCAGGCAGACGGCCUCGCCGCUCCUCCUCCUCCUCCUCCUCCUCGCUGGUCUACAGCAUCCUGGUGGAGGACAGACAGCCUCGUUACAGCCUGAGGAGCAGGAGACCCUGAACCACCGGCCUGUCUCUCUCUCUCUGCCUGUCUCUCUCUCUCUGCCUGUCUCUCUCUCUCUUUUCUAACUUGAAGUUGUUGAUGUUGGUUGUUUUUAACAGUUUGCUGUCAUGGCUCUUAUGCAGAGUUUUGUUUUUGUUUUAAUUAAAAUAAAAUCAUUUUACCCAGCA